UUUGAUGCAGGCCCAAGAAGCCCACCAAUUGGCCUCGCAUCUGAUCUUCCUCGCAGCGUCGAAACAGACCAGGCCACCGCCGCGCCGCCACACUCUCUCCCGUCCCCUCCACCAACUGGCCUCCCCCGUCCGGCCACCGGUAUCCGCCUCCUCCUCCGGCGCCGCAACCAUGGAUCCUCCGUGCAAGCAGGACGCGGAGGAAUCGGCCUCAUCCUCCCUCCCGGACGAGCUCAUCGAGGACAUCUUCGCGCGGAUGCCGGCCAAGUCGGCGCAGCGCUGCCGCUGCCUCUCCCGCGCCUGGGCCGCCACGCUCUCCUCCCGGUCCUUCGUAGACCGCCACCUCCUACUCGCCAACCGCCGUGGAUCUCCCAGGCUCUUCAUCCUCCCGGAGUUGGGCACGGACACCGACACCACGAUGCACGGCUGGUCGCCCGGCCGCCCCAUGGUCGUUCUCCGUCGCGAGGAGCGCCUCCGCGGCGCGGUUUCCGUUACCACCCAGUGCCGCGGUCUCGUCGUCCUCAAGUCAACCGGGCUCGUGGACGUCUGCUUCCACGGCGACUCGAGCUGCAAUCCGGACUACUACGUCUGCAACCCGUCCACCGGCCAGAUGACCACUCUCCCCAGGGGAAAGGAGGCCUUCGGCCUGUUCCCGCAUAACCACGACGUCUUGGGGAUUGGCUAUGACGCAAGCAUCCAGAAGCACAAGGUGGUGCGCCUCUACUGCCGUGGGCUGCUCCCUCCGGCGUGUGAGGUCUAUGUACUCAACUCCUCUUCGGGACAUUGGCGGCCACCUUUCGGUGCAGCUGACAGGGCGCUGCCGCCGGGCUUUGCAAGAAGUAUCUGCACUGACCAAAGUGUCUUUGCGCAAGGGCACCUUUACUGGACAGGCCAACCGCACAGGAAGUUUAACUCCCAGAUGAUCAUUAUAUCCUUCUCGAUCAGUGAUGAGGUGUUCGAGAUCUUGCCGCCACCGCCCAUGGAUAUGUUCCCCUGUCGGAUAACCGAGCUCGACGGAUGCCUCUGUGUCUUCAACAACACCGAUAAAUACAAGCACUCAUAUGACAUCUGGGUGCUAAGGGACCACCGGGCGGGGACUUGGGAUCUCCAUUGCCGCAUUGCCCUGGACAUGGCACCGCUGGCAGACACUCAGUUGAUACGCUCCCAGGAGGUCAUCCCGCUUGGCAGUGUUGAUGAUGGUAGCGGCAUACUGCUCAGAUCGGAUCCUCAUAGUGUGUGGAAAGAAAAUUUGGAGGCCCACAGACUUCAUGUAUACAGACCUGUGACCGGAGAUGUGGAGGACCUCCUCGGCGAUGACAGUGUAACCACUCACCACACCAUGGCCCGGGGAGUUGCAGUACCAUAUGUGGAAAGCCUCGAGUCCACCGGUUUAUCUGAUACUAAACGCCAAUCAUGAGUUGCUCUCAGUCAAAGCCAUUCAUCUUGCAUUAACACCAAGAAGUGGCUUGUUUGGUGGAGGAACCUAAUAAGUGUUGAAGAGAACUUCUGCAAUCGGCUUUUUUAGGAAGUGUGAGUGACCUAUAUGGGUUUUGACGCCCUCUACAUCCUAUUGCAAAUAAGUUUUCCACUAAAAUAGCUGUCUCAGUUCGUGACGUGUUUCUUAGAGAAGUUCAUGCAUUGUUCUUAUCCUUGUUCAAUAGGAUAAGUUGCUCUCAGUCAAGGGCAUAUCUCGCAUUAAGAGUUGGCUUGUAUGGUGGAUGAACCUAACAAGUGUUAAGCAGGAAUUUCUGCAAUCGACUUUUUUUUUCUCUCUAGGAAGCGCGAUUUACCUUAUGUGUUGCUGGACUUCUCGGUGUAUCACAAAAGAAAACUAAAAGCUAUCUUUCCUCUGUUUUUCCUAUCUUCAUAGCCAUGUGCUGCUGUUUGUCGCCGUGAAUGUUUCACUUUAUAUCUAGUAUUGGUUUGACGUUUCACUUUACUGUAUCAGUAGUUUGCAUUUGAUUGCACAACUGUUCACCUAUUUGCCUACCUAAAUCCUAUGUG